CGCCGGGGAAGGCGCUCGGGGCGCGCAGGAGCCGCGCAGCGCCCAUGGAGAACGGCUCGGCCAGCCCGGGAGCCGUCCCGGACGGCAGCGGCAACCAAACCCUGGGCAGGAUGCCCCGGCAGCCCCUGGAGCUGCAGGUGGUCACCAUCCUGCUGGUGCUGCUCAUCUGCGGCGUGGGCAUCGCCGGCAACGUGAUGGUGGUGCUGGUGGUGCUGCGCACCAAGCACAUGGUGACCCCCACCAACUGCUACCUGGUGAGCCUGGCGGUGGCCGACCUCAUCGUGCUGCUGGCGGCAGGGCUGCCCAACAUCUCGGACGUGGUGGCUUCCUGGGUGUACGGCUACGCCGGCUGCCUCUGCAUCACCUACCUGCAGUACCUGGGCAUCAACAUCUCCGCCUGGUCCAUCACCGCCUUCACGGUGGAGCGCUACAUCGCCAUCUGCCACGCCAUCAAAGCGCAGCUCCUCUGCACCGUGAGCCGCGCCAAGCGCAUCGUCUCCUCACUCUGGCUCUUCACCUCCCUCUAUUGCCUCAUGUGGUUCUUCCUGGUGGACACCACCCAGGUCACCUUCUCGGAUGGGGCGCAGGUCACCUGUGGCUACCGGGUCUCCAGAAGCCUUUACAUGCCCAUUUACUUCUUGGAUUUCGCUGUCUUCUACGUCAUCCCGUUGGGACUGGCGACUGUCCUCUAUGGCCUCAUCGCCCGCAUCCUCUUCAUGAGCCCCCUGCCCACCACCCCACAGCACCCCUGCCUGGGCUCCACGCACCAGGGAGGCUCCCUGAAGCUCUCCUGCCGGGGCAACAGGGGGGCCCUGAGCUCCCGCAAGCAGGUGACCAAAAUGCUGGCAGUGGUGGUGGUGCUCUUUGCCCUCCUGUGGAUGCCUUACCGCACGCUGGUGGUGGUGAACUCCUUCAUGGACCCGCCGUACCUGAACAUCUGGUUCCUGCUCUUCUGCCGGACGUGCAUCUACCUGAACAGCGCCAUCAACCCCAUCAUCUACAACCUCAUGUCCCAGAAAUUCAGGGCUGCCUUCAGGAAGCUCUGGGAGUGCGAGCAGAGGAGCGCCGAGAACCCCGUGCCGCACAGCGCCCCGGUGUACUACAGCGUCACCAAGGACUGCUCUCACGGCAGCUCGGACCUCCUCACCGAGCAAGAAGAGCUGAACAGCCUCCCGGCACCUUUUUCUAUCUAAAUUCCUGCAGUUGCUUUGGCUGGAUAGCCUCGUCCUGUAAGCCCUGGCAUGGUGUAGCUGCAUAGCAUCGAGCAGCACGUUGUCCCCGAUACAGCUGCAUUUCAGUGGCAGGUGAAACAAUUCUCUUAUUUCCUGAGAAUAAUUCAUAAAGUCUGUAAAGUGUUUUGCGAUAAGUGGCGCUGCCUAUAAGGCAUUAACAAUGCUCACUGCUGCUGUCAUCUAGUAAGCGAAGUGGAUAUUCAUAACCUGACACAUUCAAGAAACCAGCCCAAGAACGUUUGCCCCAGACUCACAAGAGACUAUCUGGACUGGGAGUAAAACAUAAGAGAUUACAGAUGAGCCAAAUGCCAAGGCUCUUGCCAAAUAAAAUAAGAGUCAGCCACCAGUAACCCUGAAGUGACCGUACACAGCUCUUCUCUGAGCAGCCAAUUCAGCCUCAGCACCCCACACUGCUGUACAGCAACCCAGAGUGUUAAAUCACAGGCUUACGUCUUACUUGGGAAAAGAUCCGUGAGAUAUUUUUAAGAGCACAAGACUUUAAGUAACUGUUCUGUGUCUAUGGGAAAUAACUGCCCUGGGUGAGCCAGAACAAGACCUCACUUUCCACCAACGUGCAUGGAAGCGUUCAGGAUCUAUUUUAUUUUGGUGUAGGGUGGCUUUGCAUGUAUGAUUGUUAUAUUGUGGAUUAUUAAACUGCCUGCUUUGCUCCAGAAUAGCUGUAGGAUAAGGAAAGAGAACACUAGUUUUGCAGAUAUUUAUGAAGUAUUUUUUGUUUGGAAUUUAUGGAUUCAUGUCAUCAUUUUUUGCUCUUUUGCAUAUAUUGUGACUUCAGGAGCAAAGUUCCUCUUUAUUAUUCUUAAGAAAGCUCUGCAAAGAAAUCUGGGAUUUGCUUCUU